UCCAAGGGUAGCAACGACUUUCUCAAUUUAAAUGGCAUUCGUUAGACACAAAUCUCAGAAAAUCAAACACAAAGAUAUAAAAAAUUUUUAAUUUGUUUUCUGGCCAUAUUUAAAAAAAUAACGUGUACUUUUAAAUCUAAAAAAAUAAAUAUAUAAAAAGAGGAAGCACUAACGUUGAUGGUAGUUGAUGGCACCAAAUGAAGCACCCCAGCAUUUAGCUGGGCAGAAGAUGAAGUCGCAAUCGCAAUCUCAAUCGCAAUCUCAAUCCCAGAACCAGAACCAGUCGCAUCAAAUGCAGGCAAAGGUGAAAAAGGGCAGCUUAUUGAGCGCCGUUGAGGAUAUACAGCGCAUGUGAGUACAAGGUCACCGGAUGCCAUUGUGCAGGAGUUCGAUCGCAUGGUGGAGCACACGGGUCGUCAUUUCGGGGAUGAGACGCAUAUGCCGUGCACCAAGGUGGCUGAUAAAUUGUUGCGCUGUCUGCGGCAACAUCAUCAGGAGUCGUACAUGUGCUUCAACGUGAUGGAGGAGUAUCGCCAAUGCGUGGGACGUGCCACACAGACGUAUGUCGAUCAGAUGGCCGAGCAGGAGGCGCGACUGAAUCCACAACUGCUGCCGGUGGUGCCACCACAGGUGGCGCCACAAGCCAUCGCGUUGCCAACGGUCAACGUUGCCAAGGAAGUGCGACGCACACGCAGCUGGUUAAAGCCAUGGACUUGGCUGCGUUAAGGCCUCGAAUCAAAUUUUAAAAGCAAUUUCCAACACAAUUCUCUCACAAUUCCCCCCGCACCCGCACCCUCACAUAUGCGACGCACUAUCAAAAUUGCUGGCAACACCACUUGGUAUGUGGUGCAUGCCCCAUUUGACUCUUGCCCCAUGGAUAAAUCGUUUUACUAAUUAAACAGACGGCGUCUCGCCGCAUCAACUUG